CAUGUUCUACCACCGGAUGUUUGGAUCAAAAUAUGAACCAAUCAGAUCUUAGAUCAGGUGAGAGCCAGGCGUUUCCCGUCAUCCCCUAGGUUUUGCAGCCGAGGGAGAGCAACUGCAGCGCCUUGCUCCAAAAUCUGCGGCCGCCUUGAUCUCACGUGGUUAUCGUUGCCUACGUAUGCAUGACGUCAAAGCAAGUCGGCGUCAAGUGAGUCGGACACAAAUCUAACCGGCAUGCACUGUGCACCGAUCACCGCUGAUCUAAUCUGCGCAGAACUGGCUCAUCUCGAACACAGCCUAUGAAAUGACCAAUCGUAGGGGAGCCCUUCCAGCCAAUCAGCAGCGAGAAAGGCGGCAUUCUAUUAGGACAUCAUUUUUGGGACCAAUCAGCACCCGCGCUUUGUGUAGACCAAUGACGUAUUACGCCUGAAAGGUGCUCGUGGAUCGCGGAAAUGAUGUGACAAGCUCAGAUUGCCGCUCAGAUGAAGAGGUCUCGCCCGGUCGACUCAGCGUGUCACCCUUCGUUGCCAUGGCACUGCUCUAUUUCCCCACAUUCCUCUUUCUCAUUUUUCUUUCUUGUUUAGCCCUCUUACUUCUCACCGUUUUGCCCUCUGCUUCUCCAUCAUUUCCCUUCACACCUUCCUCCCACUCCUCCCCUUGGCUGUCACCUUCCUGUGGUGCAGGUCAGUCCUGGGCUGUCCAGAUCCAUGAUCACUCAGAUCAAGAAGAGGAAGAUGGGGGACAGAGUUCUGUGAGCCUGGACAUGAUGGCAGACAAGGUAGCAAAGCAGGCUGGGCUGCAGAACCAGGGUCAGAUUGGAGAGCUGGAGGGCCACUACCUGCUCUGCUCUGUAAGGUCCAGAGCCGAGUCGGUGGGGCGGGUCUGGAAAAGGAGCAUCCAACCAGAAGAUGUUCUAGCAUCCCAUCCACAUGUCAUGUGGUACUCCAAGGAGCAAGUGCUUAGCCGCUCAAAGAGAUCCGUGACCUUCAAUGACCCCAACUAUCCUAAGCAGUGGCAUUUGCACAACCAGGUCAAUGCAGGUUUGGAUAUCAAUGUGACGGGAGUGUGGGAGCGCAACAUCACUGGCCAGGGCGUCACCGUGGUGGUCGUAGAUGAUGGUGUGGAACACACCCACAGGGAUAUUGAGCCCAACUAUAAUCCAGAGGGCAGUUACGACCUCAACUCUAAUGAUCCAGACCCGAUGCCUCACCCAGACGUCCAGAGUGAUAACCACCACGGGACUCGAUGUGCUGGGGAGAUUGCUGCGGUUCCCAACAACAGCUUCUGUGCUGUGGGCGUGGCCUAUGGCAGCAAGGUGGCAGGUAUCCGAGUCCUGGAUGGCCCCCUGACUGACAUUUUAGAGGCCAUAGCCUUCAACAAGCACUACCAAGUCAACGACAUCUACAGCUGCAGUUGGGGUCCAGAUGAUGACGGGCAUACUGUUGAUGGACCACAUCCUCUGGGCAAGGCUGCCUUGCAGCACGGGGUAAUCGCAGGAAGACGGGGCUUUGGCAGCAUCUUUGUGGUUGCCAGUGGUAACGGAGGUCUAUACAAUGACAACUGCAACUAUGAUGGCUACGCCAACUCCAUCUACACCAUCACAGUUGGAGCAGUGGAUGAGGAAGGCCGGAUGCCCUUCUACGCAGAGGAGUGUGCGUCCAUGCUUGCUGUGACGUUCAGCAGCGGGGGGGCUAAGCUGAGGAGCAUUGUGACGUCAGACUGGUCCUUGCAGUCGGGGACAGGCUGUACGGAGGGCCACACCGGUACGUCUGCUGCUGCCCCCCUGGCUGCAGGAAUGGUGGCCCUCAUGCUGCAGGUCCGGCCCUGCCUUAGCUGGAGGGAUGUUCAACACAUCAUUGCCUUCACCGCCACCAAGUGUGAUAGCAGUGCUGACUGGAGAGUGAAUGGAGCUGGUUUUCAUCACAGCCACCAACACGGCUUUGGUCUGCUCAACGCCUGGAGGCUUGUUAAUGCUGCCAAGGUGUGGGAGUCGGUGCCGUUCCUCGUCUCCUACCAGAGCUCCGUAUUCCAGGAGGAGAUGCCCAUCCUGACGUAUCCCAGCGAGCUGUUGCGGAGCUUGAAUGUCUCUGCGGAUGAUUUGAAACAAUCCGGGAUGGAGACGCUGGAGCAUGUGACUGUUACCAUGACGAUAACUCACCCAUACCGUGGUAGUGUUGAGAUCAUAUUGGUAUGUCCCAGUGGUAUGACAUCGGUCAUCGGGGCUCGCCGAGCCAUUGACAGAGAUGCUUCAGGUUAUCAGGACUGGACAUUCUCCACUGUACGUUGCUGGGGAGAGAAAGCAGAAGGCCAGUACACCCUCAAGAUAUCAGACCACUGUGAAGCCUCGCCGCCGUGUAAUGCUGUUGGAAGGCUCAAGCAGUGGAAGCUGACGCUGUACGGUUCAUCCAUGGCUUACAGUGAUGUCAAAAACCGACAAAAGCUGGUGGAGGAAGCGAUGGAUGGUAAAUAUUUGAACAGCAGCUUCUCUCUGCACUGUCCCCCAGGCUUGGACAUCCCUCCAGAGAUCAUCAGCCCCUUCACCUCCAGCAACCUGAAGUUCCUGCUGUUGCUGGGAUGCUUUGCUCUCUUCUGGUCCCUCUACUACACUCUGGAGGUCACGCUGACUCAGGCCAACUUCAAAGGCCUCCUGUGCCUGCCCAGGCGGUGGGACACUUACAGGAACAGGCGUGGAAGGAGAGGAGUGGAGGAGGUGCUGAUUAGUAAGGAGACAGAGGACAAUGGGGGGAAUGAGGACCAGAACUCAGGGGAGGAAUUACAGGCUGUACUGGACUCAGAGUUCAAAGUGCUGGAAACAUGACCCAAAACCUUCCUGCUUGGUUCCCAUCGGGUUCCUCAAACCGUGGCCUUGAACCUUGCCUUUAAACACAAUCUCACAGAAAGUGAAACAUGAGGGGAUCUGGCCUCUUGUGGGAUAAAACUGGGUUCAUGGGCUUCAUGGUCACUGGUUUUAAACCUGCACCCAAAGGAGAAAUCACUAUAGGAAAACCUGUGGAGUCGAGAGAGUGCACUGCAAAAGGGAAGGGGGCCAGGUCUUCCAUGGAAAUGUCCCCAAAAUGUGACAUUUCACAUGCUUUGGUUUUUUUAGGGGAUGUUUUUCUUGACUGGGGUUUUUAUUUGAUAUCAAGCAGUUACUGUUGAAAAUUUGAAGUGGGAACUUCCUUGUUUUAUAAAGUAUAAUAUAUGAAUGCUGUGUGCCUGCUGCACACACGUGCUGUAUAAACCUGCGUUUAGCCUUUUGUACAUUUUUAAGGACAUGAUUUUUUAAACCUGUGAUAUAAGGACGCGUUUCGGAGCAUGAAAGCUGUGUUUUCCUGUGAAAGUCACAGGUGGUCAUGAUGCAAAUAAAAUGAGUUGUUGGAAUAA